CUCAGCAUGUCGGACUGUUUGGAAUGUCACCUUGUCUACAGUUCGUCAAGCCACGUUACACCUAAUUAGUCCGCAUAAUUGGGUAUAUCGACCACUGCCUUUCCCCGCUGUGCAAGUUCAUACAACAAAACGAACGAUAAGAAACCUUGUAGACCCACCGGAUUUCCUCGCUACCGUUGCUACUUGUAUUAAUAUUGUUGCGUGCAUGUGUUUUUCCUUGGUAAAUAAGGUUCUAAUUGCCGGUGGAGACGGCCUUCUUCCAGUAGUAGGCAGACAUCUAAUUUGUUAUGUGUAAUUGACGAUAAAACGGAUAAGAAGAACGAAGCCGAAUUGACGCCAGCUGUCCGUUGUCGUCUGCACACGCACACACUCCCACUCCCUCAUCCUCCCGCCAGUGCUAGUGACCAUCCGUCAUGUUGGCACCCGUGCUAGCGCAGUUUGCUGACUCCACUGACCACUCUUCAUUGAUGUCGAGCAAGCAUGGGAAGGCUCUCCUUGUUAAUGACAAGCUUGGGCCUGUAAAACGAGUUGUCGAUUUACCCCCGGAAUUGUGGACUGCUGUGUUCUUGCAGACAGAUGGUCGUACGAUACUUAGAUGUUGCGCGGUAUGUCACAGAUUCAACGAUAUCAUCGAAGGAUCCGUAGAACUCCAAUACCGAAUCGAACUAACCGUAGACGGGAUGAUCGACGGUCCCCCGAGCUCCCUCUCCAUUGGAGAACGUCUCACCCGUCUCCGCGCGCUCCGCCGAUCCUGGGCAACCCUCCAAUGGACGUCCAAGAUUACCGUACCGAUGCCGGGCCCUUGCCAUGCCUACGAGCUCGUCGGCGGUGUGUUCUGCAAGAUUCAUCAUUCGGCAAGGCAUAGGUAUAGCUCGAGACAUUUGACCGCGGCGUGGUUGCCGUCUGCGUUGGAUACGGAGGGUCAGAUGUUGGUUAGGGACGAUGUGGGGUUGCCGACGAGAGAUUUUGCGGUGGAUCCGUCGCAGGAUUUGAUUAUAUAUUUUAGGGGUAACGAUAUCGAUGCUUUGCCAGCGUUGGUCGCUCCCGACGCUCGUUCGGCUGCGCUGCGCGUGCCCGUUCUCCUUCCUGUCACAAAUGCAUUCAUGCAGAUCGUCGACGAUAUCGUUGGUAUGCUGUACUUUAUCGAACCCGAGCGACCACACAUUACGUUGUGGAACUGGAAAACUGGGAAAGUCGUCGUGAACCAAUCCACUUUCCACAUCCCACCCAACACAUGGGACUUCUCAUUUAUCUCGAACCGUGCAUUCUUCGUCACCACCGUCCAGACAUACGGCACUAUCGACAUCUUCACGUUUGACGUUCACUCCUCCGCCCCCUCAUUCGCGCCUAACAACACGUAUAGAUUCAUUACCCAGCCCAAGUCCAAUGUAAUCCAUGUUGCCUCUUUGCACCUUCCCCCUACCCUUCCGCACAUCCGGGUUAUCAAUCUUUCCACGCAUACGGGGCCCUUCCUGGCUCGGCCUCCUUCUGGCAGACCAUUCGUCGCCGCCAACGAAGAGAGGAUACACGUCUUUUCUGUGCAGUAUGUCAAUCCGAAUCCCGACGCUGUGAGGAGACAGAUGCGGUUCUGUGUAUUUUUGAAGAACAGCACGCUGGAGAAGUACAUAAAGAAACACCACAGUAGGACUGGUACUGGUGCCGGUGGGGAAGGAUUGAAUGGGCCUUUGGUGGUUCCGUGGGAGGCAUGGGGGAGGGAAAAUACGCGGUUCAUGGUACAUCAUUGGAACCAAUUCGAGUGGCUAAGGUACGUGCACGGCCACAGAGUCGUCCUGCCAGCCCCCCGAAAUGGAAGGGCAACGAUGUACGUUCUUGAUUUUAAUGUGCACGAUACCGUGCGGCAGAACCAGUAUUACCGUGUGGACGAUGGCGAUACGACGGACGCAUCGAAAGCCGAUGCGAUCUCAGUUGGCGCUCCGCCUACACCUACACCUAGUAGGGACCUAUGGAACAGCAUCGCCACCAAUGGAGAGCUUCACCGAAUGCCAACGGUUGGACAUUCUGAAGAGGAAGGAUUGGACAAUACCGGGGAGGAUGACGAUGGACCGGUUGUCUUUGCGUCGGAUCCGCUGCAGAUAAGGUCUUUCAUCAGGCAACGAUUUGCUAUGCACCAACAACGACUUCGGCAACGUAAUACCGGUUCUAAGCGCGCUAGCCUUGUCACCGAGCCAUCCGUCGAGGAGUACCCAUUGUUCUUCUCUGCCCCGUUCGAGACCGCGCUCCCAUAUCGCGAGUUGCAGCAUGAGCAAGAGGUGGAGUAUUCUGGGAUUAUGGUGGACGAGGAGAGAAUCGUGGGUCUUGAGUACCCUGCGUUUUUAAAUGGAGAUAUGAAGGAUAUUCAUGUCUUCACGAUGUGAGAGGAGGCCGUUGCCAAAAUUUCAGAUAUUUGUGUGUACGUUUGGUUGUGCUCCUAUCAUUUUUUUCUUCUGGAUGUGCUUGCUCACUACUCACUACGUAUACCCAAGAAGUCUUGCGUGAUCGAAUGAAACUUCACAUGUUAGCUUGUUUGCAUUUCUUCUUUGUACUAUCGUGUACUACUACUGUACUGACUCUAACAUCUGGGACCCAAAAUACAUGACAAUCCUCUUCCGACCAUAUGACGCUGACG